AAUCCUUCUUCCUCCUCUUCUUCAGCCGCUGCUCUGAGUUCUUCCUCCAAUUUCCCGACGACACUACACAACAUGAAUUCCGAUUCAGACUCAGAUUCCGAUGCAUCUCACGUCUCCGCCACUCCACCCAGAGCUUCAAAGCCUUCGUCUUCUUCAUCUACUCUCUUCACUUCAUCCUCAAAACCUAAUCCUAACUUCAGCAAAGCCUCUUCUUCACUCCCGCGUAUGGCCAAUUCGAAACACCUAAAACCCUCAUCCAGAGUUACUAAACAGCCUCCAUCAUCUGAUGUGAAGCAUUCUGAGAAAGAACCUUCUCCCGAUUGGACUCCUCUUCCGACUCUGCCAUAUCAAAUCCGACGGGCGUCUGAUCAGAGUCGCGCCAUUUCGUCCUCCGAAUCAAUGGAGAUGCUUCCAGCUGGGUUCUUCUCGAAGUCGCCAUCCUUCAUGAAAUUUCGUCGAUCCAGUCUUAAUUUUGAGACUUCCGAGGAUAAUCGGACUUUGUUGGAGCCGAUUCAGUUGAACAAUGCUGAAACUGAGAUUGCUGGUUGUUCAACGGCUGAUUGGGGGAUGAAAGAUGAUGUUUGUAGUCUCGGGAAUCGGGUGAAAUCCGUAAGGACACAUCCUAACUUGAUUGGAACUCACGUUUCUGUUCCGCCAAUCAAAGUGCGCAAAUGUGGAGGUGAAGGCAACUUUGUGAAGCUUAACAUGAACGGUGGGAAACGGAAAUUUAUUAAGAAAUUUAGCAAGAGAAAGUAUGGCGAGCGGAGUAGUUACCGGCCACGUCGAAAGACUAAGACGAACCUAAAAACUGAAGACUCCGAAGAGGCGGGUAGUUUCUGCGAUGAGGAUGGUUUGGUUACAGAAACAACGCAGCAUCCUCAGAAGCAGGGUAAUGGAGGUGCGAAAUUUGAUCCGAUUACCAUCGAAGAGACUAUAUCCAAUGUGCGAAAUGACCCAUCUGAUGAUAACUUGGUGAAGUUGUUGACGUUAGCUUAUGGAUACGAUUCUUUCCAAGAUGGGCAGUUAGAGGCAAUCAAAAUGGUGCUGGCCGGGAAAUCAACAAUGGUCGUUUUGCCCACUGGUGCUGGAAAAUCAAUUUGUUAUCAAAUACCGGCAAUGAUUCUACCUGGGAUAACCGUUGUUGUUAGUCCUUUGGUGGCGUUGAUGAUAGAUCAGCUAAAACAAUUGCCACCUGUAAUUCAGGGUGGCUUCUUAUGCAGCAGUCAGAGAUCUGAAGAAGUAGCUGAAACAGUGAGGCUGCUUAUCCAAGGCACUAUUAAGGUUCUCUUUGUUUCACCCGAAAGGUUUCAGAACACAGAUUUUCUGUCAAUAUUUUCUAGCAGCUUAGUGGUAUCGCUUCUUGUGGUGGAUGAAGCUCACUGUAUAUCUGAAUGGUCUCACAACUUUCGACCUUCAUAUAUGAGGCUAAGAGCAUCUCUACUUCGAGCUGAACUCAAUGUUAACUCCAUUCUUGCAAUGACAGCAACGGCAACUACUUCAACCAUGCAAGCAAUCAUGACUGCGUUAGAAAUUCCUUCUGACAAUCUUAUUCUAAGAACUACAGUAAGGACAAAUCUACAAUUGUCAGUGUCAAUGAGUACAAACAGAGUGAAAGAUCUACUGAGGCUAAUCAAGUCUUCUCCCAUAUCUGAAGUCCAGAGCAUUAUUAUCUACUGCAAGUUUCAGUUAGAAACUGAUUUAGUAAGCAGAUACUUGUCUGAUAAUGGCAUCUCCGCAAAGAGUUAUCACAGUGGUCUUCUUGCUAAAGAUCGCAAACGCAUACAAGAGAACUUUUGUUCAAACAAGAUUAGAGUGGUUGUUGCAACUGUGGCUUUCGGCAUGGGGCUUGACAAGAGGGACGUUGGUGCUGUAAUCCACUACAGCUUGCCGGAAAGCUUGGAGGAGUAUGUUCAAGAGAUAGGGCGUGCUGGUCGGGAUGGUAGAUUAUCCUACUGUCAUUUAUUUCUUGACAAUGACACCUAUUUCAAGCUUCGAAGUCUUAUGCACAGUGAUGGAGUCGAUGAAUACAACAUAAACAAAUUCCUCAGUGAAGUGUUCUCUGGUAACAAUAGUUUGUGUGGAAAGGUGUAUUCAAUAGUCAAAGAACCGGCAUCACGUAAAUUUGACAUGAAAGAAGAGGUGAUGAUUACUAUUCUGACAUACUUGGAGCUGGGAGAAAUGCAAUAUUUGCGCGUACUUCCUCAAUUAAAUGUGACGUGCUCUUUGAAUUUUCACAAGACUUCACCAGCGAUGCUUGCUGACAAAGAUAUCGUUGUUGCAGAAAUUUUGAAGAAGUCUGAAACUAAGCAAGGGCAGCAUGUUUUUGACAUGCUCACGGUGGUCAAUAGUAUUGGGAUUUCAGCUACCAGUCUCUCAAAUCAUUUGCAAAAUCUCAAGUUGAAGGGAGAAGUAACGUACGAGAUGAAGGAUAUGGCCUACUGUUAUACAAUUUUGAAAACCCCUGAAGAUUUUUGUUCUCUGUCAGCGCAUCUUAGAAAAUGGUUGUCCGAAAUCCAGACUAGUAAGCUUAGGAAGCUGGAUGCCAUGUUUGAUGCGGUGACUUCUGCUAUAAAUUUGUAUGGAAAGAAGACUCAGGCCUGCUGUAACUUUGAGCAGACUCCAUGCUUAGAAGAAAAGAUUUGUUCUUAUUUCCAGGAGGGUGAUACUUAUGAUACUCCAAAUAAAAUGAGCCAGAGCAGCCCAUUCCUCCGAGCAGAUAUAAAAGUUUUUCUACAGAGCAACUCACAGGCUAAAUUCACUCCCAGAGCCGUUGCAAGGAUUAUGCAUGGCAUUGGAAGCCCAGCUUAUCCAUCUACAAUUUGGUCAAGAACGCAUUUCUGGGGUAGGUAUACAAAUGUCAAUUUUGAGGCAGUAAUGGAAGCAGCGACGAUUGAGCUCGUGAAUAUUGUUGGGAAGGAUGCUGCAUCCUAGCUAUUUAUGAACAGAUGGAAACGCUAUGCAGUUGCGGGUUCAAAAUUCGGUCAUCAGUCUACCAUUGCCAUAAUUGACCUGCAACUUGCGGAAUGAGGGUAAAAAACAGAUGUUCCAUUUUGUUCUCCACUGAACCUAAUUGUCAUGAAUGCAAAUGACUUUAAGAAGGUAGAACAAUGGAGUCGGAGAACAUACACUCAUAUAUAAGAGAUGGAUCAUGGUUGCUCUCCUUCUCUUGUAUUCAAAUCAUUUACAAUAAGAGAGUAAGAGAUGGAGCAUCUUAAAUAUCAAUCUUUACAUGGUGAAGGGUUUUAUUUUUUUAUUUUAAAUUUUUUUAAUAAUUAUUAUUCUUGCAAAGUUUAAUCCACUGACCACUUGUAUACUGAGCCUUGGGGUACGAAACAUUCGAGAUUAUGCAAUAAAAACUUCUUUAAACUCUGCUCUUUGUUUUAGAACAACAAUAUACGAAAUGGAAGAUUCAAAUAUUAUCUUUUA